AUGCAGUCGUCCGAGGUGAGAUCUACCAAGAGCAGCCUGCUGCUGGCGCUGAGGCGAUACAGCUCGGCCGUCUCGGACAUGGAGCAGACCGUCCUGGUGCCCAGCCUGCUGCGCGACGUGCCCUCGGACGAGGCGUGGGACUGCGAGAACGGCAGCCAAGACCUGUACGGCGACUACCUGAUGCUCAAGGCUAUCAGGAACACAGCGGAGGGCGGCCUGCUGCACGCCGACGACCACAGGAGCCGGAGCGGCACGGCGCUCAGCAAGAAGCUGGAGCCGCUGCUGGGAACGGAUCCCGAAACGCUGUUCCACUUCCACCUGGCGGGCCUGUUCGCAGUCAUGAGCGAGCUGACAGAGAAGACUCAGAGCCUCACGGACAAAUACAUGGACAUCAUCGGAGCGCCGAACUGA